AUGUCCGCCUCCGCGAGAAACCGAACCGCUACCGUCAGCUCUGGGAAGUCGUCGCAAAGGGGUCGGAGCAAUGAGAUGCAGGAUUUCAACAUGUCGCAGCCCAAUAUUAUGCGUUACUUCGAGCCAUGCGCCGCGACGGCGUCCAUGUUCCUGUAUGCGCAGGGCUCAUCCAUCGUCUGCUGCCACCACGACACCCUUACAAUCGAGAGGAGGUUUUCGAGACACUCGGACGAGGUUCAGUUACUUGCAGUCGACACCCAGAGCGAGAUUGGAGCGGGGAGGCUGGUAGUGAGUUACGAUGCUGGGCAGACAGCGAUUGUCUGGGAUAUUAUGACAGGCGACGAAGUGGCUCGGUUUGCAUCGUAUGAGCAUCUUACGACUGCCGCUUGGAUGCGUAACGGCAACGUUGCUUUUGGCAACACCCAGGGCAACAUUAUUCUAUUCGAGCCUACUACAUCAGAACAUAUUUCUUCAAGAACGAUUGACCAGAUCGCAGUAACAGCACUCGCACCGGCCGCAGACUGUCGGACAUUUGCAAUCGGUUAUCAAAACGGAUCUCUGCUGGUCGCAACCCUUCAGCCGCGAUUCACCAUUCUACACAACCUGGGCACCUCAAGAGCGCCUUCACCCAUCGUCACCCUGAACUGGCAUGCAUCGUCAUCUCGACAGAAGUCGGACAUGUUGGCGUCCCAAACUCAUGAUGGCGACCUACGAGUUUGGAGCGUCUCUAAAUCAUACAGCAGCGACGACCCCGCCAAGGUCGUGAGAAUCCUCAAGCGUACCGACAACUAUCAAAGCGGACCGAACUGGAUGGGCUGGUCAAAGAACGGCCGAAUCAUUCAGUAUUCCGACUCGGAAACACUAUCGUGGGAUGUCCGUACUAAGCACGUUACUUGGGACAGUAUCCCGACGCUUGAGCAUGUCAGAGGCCUGGCCGUGUACGGCCCCGGUGCCAGCCUAUUCACACUCGGAGCCAACAACACGGUUCAGCAGUUCGAUCUCAACACCCCGUCAAUCAUCGUGGCCAACGUCCAGCAUCCUGCUAACCUGUUGCCGCCAUCACCGCCGGUCUCAAUCGAGGAACAGCAAGGGCAAAAGACCUCAACAACAAUCGUCACCGACUCUGAUGCCACCUCUGGUACAAUUGAACUGGGUAUCUCCGAGAGCGACGAAGACCACCUAUCGCCCUUUGACCGCAUCGUCGGCCGGAAGGACACGGACACUCCCAAGGCGCUUGAUCCCUAUGAUGCCGACACAGCAAGCGCAGCCUCUAGCCGCAGCGGGCUCUCUUCGAUCUCAAAAUCUUCCGGAGGAUCUCGGACACCCGGCCGCUACCCUUCGUCAGCUGUCUCACGAGGUAUGACUGAAAACACAUACAUCUCGGCCGGUUCGUCUUUGAGGUCAUCCGCUGCGCCGUACCAAGAAAGAGACAUGUACUCGAUGAGCGGAACCUCGAUGAUGAGCGGUACCUCAAUUUCUUCCUACCGCUCUCGCCGCUCCAGGCCCUCCCGCCUGCGUAAUGAGGUUCUGCCAAGCCCAGUUGACAGCAAGGUUCAGGACCUCUUCAAGUACACAAGAAGCCGGCUCAGUGACAUUCCUUACAAGCACCCAGUCACCACUGAUAACAGCCGCCUGACUAACGACGAUCUUCGCAAGCAAAUGCUGAACACCAUCUUCGGAUGGAACAAGGAGAUCGAGGAUCUGGUCCGGGAGGAGUUGAGCAGACACAACGCUGGCUCACCGGGCCGCAUCCUACUGAUGAGGUGGCUUGGCGAUAUUGACGCUGAUGUUAUGGCAGCGAGUUCAGCCUCCAUGACUUCUUCCGACUGGAUGUUGCUAGCCCUCAGCGGUAUCGGAGGCCAAGCCUCGCAGCACAAGUUGGGUCGAGCUUACGUUCAGAGACUACUGGAGCAUGGCGAUCUUCACGCUGCGGUUACUAUUCUCAUUGGAAUGGGUGACCACAAUGACGCGAUCGAGAUUUACGUCUCGCACAAGAAGUACAUGGAAGCUCUCAUUCUGACCUGCCUGUUCUAUCCUGCCGUUUGGGAACGACAGUCAGCUAUCAUUAAGAAAUGGGGAGAAUGGGCUGUCAUGCAUGGGCAACAGCAGCUUGCAAUUACCUUCCAGAGCAUCAACCAGAACCUCAACGAGAGCAUUCCCGAAGUGCUGUCGCCACCAUUGUCGCCCCCCGGCAUCAACCGCGGACCUCAAAGGAGCAUCGCAAAGACGUCCGCUCUGAAGCUCAUCACGUCUUUUGGCGAGCAGCCCGGCAAGUCAAAGUUCUUUUCUCAGGGAGAUGGCGGCCAGACUCCCAUUGCCGCCGGCCCCACUCCUAUUGCGGAUUCCGCUGUCUCUCCCGGCGGCUACGAUGUGACCACUGCGUUCAUCCGCCCACCAAACCGCAGUCAAUUCAACACGCCGAACUCCGCAAGAUCUGGAGCGUCUGGCUUCAGUCGCAAGCGUCUUCCCUCCAUCGGUGAGAUCCCAGGAGACUUGUCCCGCGAUCAGCUCCACGCCGAAGGCGAAGAGUCCCGGCGCGCCAUGCAAAUGCGCAUGUCUUCUGCCGAGCAGGAUAACCUUGCCGCCGGUCUUUCGUUGCAGAGGGCCGCUACCGCAAGCCCCAUGAUGAUGCGUGACCAAUAUAAGAAGAUCACUACGCGGACAAGAGAGCCUCCUCCGCCGUCUCCCGACGCCAGAAUGCUCGUCAAAAUGGAGGGCAACAUGGCUCAACGCAACGGUUCUCGAGACCGCAAGCCAAAGGGCCUUCAUCUUGAACUCGCGGGUCUCAAUAACAUGGCCAAUGAGAUUACUUCACCCGAACAGUCUGUGUCAUCUUCGACCCGCUUCCACUGGCCCUCUCGACGUCGCGGCCCGGGAUCCGUCACAGGCUCUGUGACGUCUCAGUCUACUACGGGCAAAAGCCUUCGCAGCAAUACCACUGGCGGACGACAGGACUAUAUCCACAGCCUCGACACCGCUCAGCGUCUUCAGCAACGCAAACAGCGAAGCCGACACGCAAGCCGAGAAGGUAAGAGGGACGGCUCCCGUGGUCGCGAUCGCGAUCAUAGCCGCACUCGCAAGACGACUUCUCGUGAGGCUUCGGCGGAACGUGGCCGUGCCUCAAGCCGCAACUGGCCCAAGCCGAAGCGCUCGCCAACCUCACCCAUUCCCAUGUCGCCUGAGGACCUUAUCAACUUGAGUACUCCCAGGAUGCUGCCAGAGGUUGUGGACCCUGCCACAGUGAGAAAGUCCAGUAAGAGCCGAAAGGGAACCAGUCGCGCGUCCAGCCGUGGCAGCCAGGGCCGCGCUAGAAGCCCCGAGACUAGACACCGCCCUCCUGCGCUUGAUCUCCGUGGGCGAAGCGCGGACCGUGGCGUUGGCUCUCAUGCUCGGUCACCUUCGUCCCCGCUUCCCCUCUCAGCCAACCUGGUCCAUUACCAAGGAUCCGAAGACGAGGAAGACUACGUCAAGGCCGUCGUUGCACAAGAGAACUUUAGGAAUAGGCAUAACAGGAGCACUAGUCAGCACGGAUCUCGCAAGGCCCUCUCUCCUGAGCUUACUAGAGAGUUCCCCCGGCGAGACCGAUCCGAGAGUCGCCGUCGCCAAGCUGAUGAGAACAUGGAUCAGCCCCGCGAUGCUGCGCCCACCCAGUCCAAGUCGCGCGCCGCCUCUACUGAGCACGCUGGAGACCUAAAGGCCAUGAAGGAUGAAAGACAACGCAAGAAGGAAGAAGCCGCCCGGGAGCUUGAGGAGCGCCGGAAGUCGCUUGCACAGCGUCCGUCGGCACCCCCCAUCCCCCAUCCCAGUCAUAUACGCAUCGGCAUUGAACCGUCAUCCAGCGCCUUCGAGCUUCCCCCUCGCAGUCACACUGCCGACCCGACCCAGAGGAGCAUGUACGCUCGUAGCAACUCCAACGUCCACAUCGGGCUUCCUGCGACCCCUAAGGCCAUGCGUCUUAUCAUUGAGUCGGACAAGGACAAGAACAGCAUCCCGGUGCCCCCAAUCCCAGCGACAUUUGCGCAGCGUCACUCUCCAGUGACUUCUCCUCAGGAGCAAUCCCCCGACAAGGAGAAGGAGGCCGAGUCUCUUACCCUGCUUCCGCAGACGACGUACCAACUCCCAUCUUCGGUCUACCAGCCUCCGGCCCGUGGCAUGAUCCCGCGCAGCAUGUCCGCCCCACCAAUUCCUCCUGAUGCACCCUCCCCGAGGGGACCGAGCUCUCACAGCAAGGGGCUCUCCCGUGGUCCUUCGAUGAGAAGAGGCAACUCAGGAGAAAUCCGUACCGUUGACGACAUGAUCCGCGCCAGACGCGAAUCCCAGGAGAGCAACAACUACGGUGUCCUUCCGCCGCCACCGCCGCCCCCUCCAAUGCUGAAGGAGCUCCAGCACCUCGCCAUGCCUCCUCCCCCGCCACCGGCACCCCUUCCGUACGCCGCCCACAACAACGCGGGUGGUUUUGGAUCCGGCAUGAUCGAGAUCAUCAUGGACGACGACGAGCCCGCUCCCGCGACCGUCGCCGCACCCAUGGACACCACCGUCCCCGUUCUCCCGCCGCCCGCUCCCCCAGCGUCAAAGGGUCACAGUCGCGGCCGUAGCUUCUCUGAGCGUGACAACAGUAUUGCUGGCCGCAUCUCCAAGGCCACCGACCGCUUCCGAUCCGGCAGCCGCCCCCGCAAGGAACCCUCCAGCCGCCCUCGCGGGCAGGAUGACUACGAAUACGCGCCUUACGAGAGCGUGCCUAUGCAGGCGACCUACGGUCGCGAAACUUUGCGGUCUCCCAUCAUGGCGCAGAAAGGUCUGCCUACCGGCCUGCACCAGAGCGAGAUGAUCUAA